GGACAUAAAAAUAUAUUCGCACCAGACCUAGGCUAAUUACGCCAACCUGUGCUCAGGCUAUAUCUACUCGGAGGAAUUAUGAGGGAGCAGGUAGUUAAAACUGAAUUCCGUAUGAGUUGAAGCAUUUGCAAAGUCAGUAAGGCUUAAUGAACAUUGAAGUAUACUCUUCUAAGUUCCAAAUCUUUGACGAGUUUAACUUAAUGGCUCAGACCUAGAUUGCAGUCAAGUUAGUAGCAACAGUGUAAAACUCAGCUCCAUUUACCGGAAAAGAACAUAUGUAUCACAAUGCAAGAAUAAUAUGAUCCUUCUUCUCUAAAGCUACAAUCGUCAUAAAUUGCAGCCUCCAGAAGCAUACCGAAGUUGAUAAUUCGUUCACAGCACAAACCAUGAAUUCAGUAACCUUAUAGAAAGUGAAGAGGCAUGGUUCAUGGUGCAAAAUCGCAAACUGAGCUACAUAACUAGCCCGGUUAGGAAAUCCAAUCGCUUAAUCGCACACUAAAUCUCAUUUCGGCAUCAUAUACCCCUACAAAACCAAGCCUAAGUUUGUGGCCAAACAGUCAAAUCAGCAAACAAAAUGGAAUCCCCAAACUGAAGUUAAUCCUGUAAUCGGCUAGGAAAGAGGUAAGGGAUGGUUCAAGCUGCCAGCCAAUCCCCAAUCUGAGCUAAAGAGCUACCCGUGAUAAGACCAUUGAAUCCGGAUGAAUCACUUGCAUAGAAUCCAAUCGCCUAAUAUCACACUCUAAAAACCCUAAAAUGAGAAAUGAAUUUGUCCCAAAACAGUCAAUCAGCAAACAAAGACGAAGCACAACCUCACACAACCAACGACAAUUAACAGUAAUAGAAGCAGCUAGCUUUUCUGGGAGAAUUUUUGAGGCGAUGAGAUUGCUUACAGGCCCAAGACGCAGCGAGUGACUUGCCUCCCUUUAUCGAGGCAUUUCUCUGGGUUAGGAUCCUGCUGCUUGCACUUAAUGAAUUCCAAAUUCUCGCUAAAGCAUCUCUGCCCAAUGUGCUUCGACGCCGACAUCAGCACCGCCGAUGUUGGGAUCGGAUUUCCGGCCUCGUCCACCGAACUGCUCGCCAUCCUUCAACCUUCGCCCCUAUAUAUUCCAAUCAAAAAAGAUUCCCCAAUUUUUCGAUCAGAAAGCUUCGCAUUUCCCCCAAAACUGAGAUAGAUGGAGAAGAACAAAUCAGGAAAUCCAAAGGAUUCAAUUUUCACAGAGAUUCAUACCUCGUCGUUGCCACAGAGGAAGAAAAAGAGCUGUUCGCGACUCCAACAGAGAAUUUAGUGAGAGGGAUCGACUGAAACUCGCGGUUCUGUUUGGUUUGCACUUUGCAGGAAAAUGGAGCAAGAGAAUCGUCGUAAUUUACCACCGUACCCCAGCUGACUUAACGCAACUCCAGCAAAACUUGUAAGGGUAAAUGAGUCUUUCGAUGCACGAGCUGGCAGAAUUACUAAAAUACCCAACUCCCAGGGUUUGAUUGUUCCAGUUUCCCCAAAUGCUCUUUCCUGCAAAUUCCGUUAUCGUGAGCUGAACAAAAGCCGUUGGCGAAGUAAGUUCCAAAUUCUCAAUCUUGCUACUCAUUGAGCUUUCUGUAUCUCUGCAACCCUUCACCACGGAUAUCUGUUCUUAAGUUUUUGUUAUUGAAAUGGUGGUAAUCGAGCGUGCAAUUUCUCUGUUUCCGUGGCGAUUUUUUGCAAUCUGGUUCUUCGCCUUUAAGGAAGAAACAAUUUGAUUUUGGUUUGGUUCGUGAAAUUGCAGUAGAAAACAGGGAAGUAAUCGGUUUAGAAGUUUUCGAUGAGGACGCGAAACGGGGAUACUGCGAAACCGGCGACAGCGUCUAAGCGGACGCCGGCGGGAAGGAAAACUGCCGCGAAAAACACUCCUGUGACGACUCCUGAUGCUGCAGUGAAAUCGGUAGCUCCAAAAGCUUCUGAACUGGAACCUUCGCCAGCUAAAUCUGAGCAGACCUUGGACGAAGAUAAACCACCUUCUCCAACUGCAGUUCCUGAUUCGAAACCGGAUCAAUCAGCAGUUGAAGAAGCACAAGUAUCAUACAAUGCAGACAUUGUUAUGAUGGAGGCAAAACCUAAUCCACGAACAAGAAGGGUAGUGAAGAAAGUUGUGAAGAGGAUGAAGAAAAAACAGUUGAAGAUCGGGACACCUCCUACCCCAAAAGAUGAUAGCGUUGAGCAAGCAUUAGAACCAGUUAAGCGUGAGACCGAAGAAGAAAACACCGAAGUCCCAAAAGAAGAUAAUGCUGAGCAGGCAGUAGAACCAAUUAAGAUCGAGACUGCAGAAGAAAGCUCUAAAGUCCAGAAAGAAGAUAGUGCUGAGAUGGCAGCAGAACCAGUUAAGGUAGAGACUGAAGAAGAAAUCUCUAAAGUCCAGAAAGAAGAUAGUGAUGAGAUGGCAGCAGAACCAGUUAAGGGAGAAACUGAAGAACAAAGCUCUAAAGUCCAGAAAGAAGAUAGUGAUGAGAUGGAAACAGAACCAGUUAAGGUAGAGACUGAAGACGAAAGCACCAUAGUCCCAGAAGAAGAUAGUGCUGAGAAGGAAGCAGAGCCGGUUAAUGCUGUGACUGAAGAGAGCACGAAAGUGAUGACGAUUGGCUCGAAGGAUGUUGACUCCGGUAAUAAAGAGGAAUCUGACUGUAUAAAUGUGGAGAAGUCCUCUGAGGUGAAAGGGCAGGACCAUGUAGGUGAAGUCGAAGAACUUGUUAUUGGUUCUGCAGAGGAUUCUCAGCCUUCUGUUGAUUCUCUCAAGGGAUCUAUUCAGAAAGCAGAAAAUGCUGUUGACUUUGAUGUGUCUGCUACAUUGCCAGCCAAUAAUGAGGGAAAAGAAGAACCGGGUAAAGAUGCGGAGGAAGUCCCAAAGGAGACUCUGGGAGGAAGUGUUGAUGAUAAGGAUCAAUGUAAAGCUGACACUGUUAACCCAGAAGGAAGUAAUGAGAAUAAGAUUGAAGGAGGAAAGACUCCAUCAGGGAAAGAAGUUUGUGCUCAUGAUCAAGGCUACGGGGAUCGCGUGGGGUUGGAAGAUCCUAUUCAGAAUGAAUGCAUAGUGGAUGACAAUGAGGCACGAGCCGGCGAUAAUGCUGGUGUAUUGGAGGAAGAAGAUAAGCAACUAACCGCUGUCGCAGAAGAACGCAAACUUAAGAAAGAGUAUGAGAUUUUUGUAGGCGGUCUGGAUAUGGAUACUACUGAGGAACAAGUGAAGAAGGCUUUUGAAAAUGUUGGUCCAGUAGUUGAAGUUCGAAUGCACAAAGAUUUUUCAAUAGACAAGAGUAGAGGGUAUGCAUUUGUGAGGUUUUCCAAUAAGGAGCAUGUUAAGCGAGCUUUGUCAGAAAUGAAAAACCCUGUGAUUUGUGGAAAGCGAUGUGGUACAGCACCUAGGGAGGAUAACGAGACAUUGUUCCUCGGCAAUAUAUGCAACACGUGGACAAAAGAAGCUAUAAGGCGAAAGUUGAAAGAAUAUGGCGUAGAAGGUGUUGAAAGCAUCACUCUGGUUUCUGAUGUUCAACACGAAGGUAGAAGUCGUGGGUUUUCAUUUCUCGAGUUUUCUUGCCGUGCUGAUGCCAUGCUGGCAUACAAAAGGCUCCAGAAGCCUGAUGUUGUUUUCGGUCAUCCUGAGAGAACUGCAAAGGUAGCUUUUGCCGAACCCAUAAGUGAGCCUGACCCUCAAAUAAUGGCAGAGGUGAAGACAGUAUUUCUUGAUGGCCUUCCUUUACACUGGGAUGAAGACCAUGUGAGGGAACGUCUUAAAAGAUACGGGGAAAUCACACGAAUAGCACUGGCAAGGAAUAUGCCGACUGCCAAGAGAAAGGAUUUUGGGUUCGUUGAUUUCUCUACUCAUGAUGCUGCCAUUGCCUGUAUUAAGGGAGUAAAUGAUGCUGAAAGCAGUGGUGAAAACACACAGAUAAAAGUAAGAGCAAGGCUUUCCAAUCCUGCACCCAAGACUCAAGCUGUGAAGGGAGGAAUGCGUGGUGGUUUUCUAAUUGGUCAAGUGGGACGUGUCGAUACUGUAAACUUACAAAGAUCUGGCAGGGGAGUUGCACGAGGAGGAAAUCAGUUUAACUCGAUAAAUCAUCGAGGUAGAGGAUUCUAUCAAAGGGGGCGUAGCCAAACUUAUAGAGUGGGUCCUGAGGAUUAUGGAUUUAAUAACAGGCACGAUCCAUUUCAUGGGAGGCAAACUGCUGAACGAGGCAGGGGAAGGGGUCCUAUAAGAGGUGGUUAUCAAGCGGUGGGUGGAGGUGUUCCGUUUCCUGGCCCGCCUAGACCCAAUAUAAAUAGAAAUUGGCAUAAUGUUAAUGAGGGAGGACCAAGUGACCAGGUUCCUUUUAGGAGGCCACCAUUUUCUGAAGAAGCUUUUGAUGGACCUCAUGGAGGAAGGCGCUAUGACGACCCUUACCUGUAUCCUGAUGGUAUGCACGGGAGGAAGCGACCAUUUUACAUGACUGAUUCUGAACCUGAUUAUGCAGAACCUAGUCGAUACCGCCCUCGAUUUGAUUAUCCUGAUCCCGCUGUCUCUUACCGUGGAACACCCUAUCAUGAUAAUUAUCCUGUUGGAGGAGAUCCAUACCCACAUGAUUAUUAUGGCUCUGAGUUCAGACCAUAUCCUCCUUAUUAUGGCCGUGGACGGGGAUAUGGGGGUGACUACUACCGUUAGCCCCAUAAUGACUAUAUGGUAACUCCUAUUGUGCGAAGCUUUUGACUUCACAGGCCAGGUUUGAAGAUGAUAUCUCCCAGUUCCUGACUUCAUGGCUAGGUUGGCUUGGAAUGCACAAUGCCUUUCAUUGAUGAUAGGCAAAUGGCUUCAUGCGGGGGGAAAAACAAAGUUGAAAUACUGCUUGUUCUUUUAUCUCCCAUUACCUUAUCUUAUCUCCAAGAAUAAGUGACCCUUUACUUGUCUAGUUUAGGCAAUAUCUUUGAAGAGCAUAGACUUAAGAAAACUCUUUAUUUUGGAGAGUAGUUGUUUGUUCGGAGUGCUUGGCACUAGGCUUUGCGAUGAGAGUUGGAUACAGCUAUUGGAACCUCUGAUGUUAGGGAUCUCUUCCCCGUGGACAAUUUAUUUAUGCUUAUGAAUAUGAUCAACCCACUUGAAGCCAAAGAGAAGUUUGGAACUGUAUCUUGGAGGUGCAAAGUUUGAAAUCGAGGCUAUCGUUUUAUGGUGGAGGUUUAGGGAUUGAGGUUCAAGUAAUGCAAAUUAAACGUGUUCUGGAUCUUUCCUUGACGAGUCUUCAGGAGAAUUGAAAGAUUUACUUUGGUCAUUGGAGGUUAUUUCUUUCCUUUUGGACGAGAUAUUUUGAAGAUGGAUGUCAUACCUCGCUAUGCAGAUGAUUCAUAUGUAUUAAUGGACUUCUCUAUUUGGAUAUUAUCUGGCGAUUGGUUUAUUUGUUUUUCAGUGGCUAGCUUAACAUUUAGGCGAGGUUUUUAUUAUUGGGUGCAAUGUCCGUACAAAAUGCUUGGAAUUUUAUUUUUGGAGAAGCAGAUAUUGUUCUAGGUUGUUGUGGGCUGUCCUAGUAUUGGUAUGCAGUUGUAAGAUAUGAGAUGGAUAUUUAAGAGCUAUGAUUUAUCUUGGAUCUACAUGAAACAUCAGCAUGGUCCUACGCUGUUGGUUAAUUAGCUGCAGGAUUAGAUAAAUGCAUUCAGUAAAUGCAUAUGAUCUAGGCAAGGUGAGAUAUGGGUGUAAGCCAAGGUACUUGAUCUGACUCUGAGCUACUGAAAUCUCUUUUCUGUUAGGCAAUUUCUUGCGUUUGAUCAGACUAGUUUACAGGUAUCAGAGUCUUAGUUACUGUCGGACAUAUGCUUUUGGUGCAAGGACAGUAAUGGGAGUCAUCAAUACGCGGUUACUGAUCGAAUUAGCAUAAAUCUAACUGUCUUGCUGCUGAAAGAAGAGUUAGGUUUUGAUCGUUUGCAUGUUUCAAGUGCAUUUUUUUUUCUCUCUGUGAGGCGUGAACAUGUUAUCAUUUGCAUUUAGUAGUAAACUUACCAGCUACUUCUGUAUGGCAUAUUGCAUGGUGCAUUCAGUUUCCGUGGGUGGGUAAGACAACACCUUGACUAUGAUUUGUCUUCGGGGUCUUGUUUUUUCUUUCAGCUCUACUUAUCUUGAUUCUCUUCUCCUUUCUUUCAGUAUACUGCAUUCUUAUUUAGUCUGAUCUGUUGUUUUUCCUGCGUUCAUUUUCAGAAUGGAUCCGACUUCUGAUAUGUAUAUGCGAUCCUCCCCCCUUUAUUUCUCCUAUUUUUUGCCGUGUUGUUGGGUUUUCUCUUGUGCUCCAUUUAUUUUUAGCAGAGUUUCUUAGAAUUACAACUAGUUUAAUGUAGUUGGAUAAGGUCACAAUGAUGUCAGUACGAUCAUGAUCAUGAUCCUCGUGCGUAUGGAUUAAGGCCAUGCACUGCUUCACAAUCAUUACUACUUUCCCGGAAGCCUUGCUUUGUCGGUAUAAAGAUGGCCAAAUUUUACGGUUGAAGAGAAAGAAGGUAAGCCAGAGGAUCCAUGCAAGAGUUGUUAUGCUGGAGAAAGGAGUCAAUCGAGUCGAGGCGAAAAAACAAUCCCAGGUAGGAUGUAAUCAAGCAUAAUUUGCCCUAUCGCCAAUUUCGCCCCGGGUGAAAGGCCGUCUACAGGUAGGGGUUCAAUGUCGUUUGAAGGUUGAAACUGUAUCUUCUAGUUUUAUGUACAUAAAUUGAUAUGAAGGAAUUUAGACCUCUAAUUAUGUUUGGGUGGAUCAAGUAUGUCGCUUAAGUUUGAAUCAGGGAUUCGGCUUGAUCUAUUCGUGUGAAAUGAUGCAAAUAUCUACGAGUAUGCCAAAUACUGAAAUUGAAUUAAUCGAUUCAAGUUAUAGUAAAAUGUUAACAUAUUG